CCUACUACCUGCCAUAGGGAUUGGUGUACCUGGCGGCAUGGAAAUCCACCGUCUCCUCCAAGGCUGCCUGUCAACCAUGUGGGAAGAGACGCCAUCCCGCAAGACGCCUUCCUCGUUUGCACUCGCCGCACUUCCAGAUGCGGCCAAGGAUGACGUGUCCUACGUGUUCGGCAACUUGGCCAUCCAGGACGUCCUCCCAGAGGAUCGGGACCUUGUGCUCAAGCCGUGGUCCAAGGUCAACGAACGCACUUGCGGCAGCCUCACAGGACAUCCCAGCAGGCUGUUCCCGAGGACCGAGUGGUACCCGCUCGUUGAUAUGGGCGUCGAGGACACCGUGGCUCAGUGUGACACCAUGCAACUACCAUGGACCGUGCAAGGAGCUUGGCACCAGAUGGUGGUAGCCUCGAGGGUCACCGUUCGCCUUCUAAUAUACAGUGCGCGAGAUGCGACCACGCGUGGAGCGGAAGCGGCCGCGACCAUGAGUGGCCAGUUCGUCGAGUGCGACCACGUGCCUUCUGCCGAGUACAGCCUCGACGUCUUCGGCUGCAGGCUACGCAUCCACCCACGUGACACGCUGCCGUGCGCGUCGACGAUGCUGAACGCCUUCAAGGCUGAGAGCAACGGCGACACGUACGGCGUGGCUACUCCGAGCAGCUGCAUUUGGAGGCUACACGCGAGGUUCGGCCCGAACGGAGUAGACGGCAGUGCGACAAUCCCGACAGGAGUCGCCCGUCGUCUGCUCCAUCGCCGCACGUGUGGCUGCAGUCUGCUCGGCUGCACCUCGUCGCAGCUGCAGCGGCACAACAGCCGCAAGCUCUGCAGGCGGCCUUACAGCCUCCUCAGCUGCUCUUAUCCCAGCUGA